AUGUCUCUUCCAUUACGAGCUUUGCGUCGUAAUGGCCCCCAUGUCUCCUCCAUCGGCCUCGGCUUUGGCAGCAUGAGUGGAUUCUACGGACCACCCGGUGAUCUCGAUUCACGACUGAGCCUCCUUGACCACGCAAAUGCCACCGGGUUACAUUUGUGGGACCUGGCCGACAUCUAUGGGGAUAGUGAGGACCUUGUCGGGAAGUGGUUCAAACGAUCAGGCUAG